GAGCGCUCCGUCUUUUGAAGGUGUGAUUAUUACCAGGAUCGACAUGAGAGCUAUUGUAUUACUGUGUCUGCUGCAUGGAGCUCACGGCUACUCCUGGGAUGCACCUGGCACCAACGUGCAACCGCUGCCUGACACGAGCAAUGUGUGUCUCCUGGAUCAGGCAUCGUGUGGCUGCUGUGUGAUUCAGAAGCAGCUGCAGGUUUUGGAGCGGUACAUCGAUGUGGACAUCAGUGAAAUGAGCGCUGUGCUGAACAACGCAAAGACGACUCUCAACAACAUUAGAGCCAGCCGGAGCGCCUUCUCGGUCGCCCUUAGCAACAGCAGCAGCGUCAGCUGCUACGGCCCCUUCGCCGUCAACAAGCCCGUCCUCUACCAGCACGUCUUCAUCAACCUGGGCGGCAGCUACAGCGCUGCGACCGGUGUGUUCACCGCUCCCCGCAGCGGCGCGUACGGCCUCGCCGUCACCAUCUACGGCGUGGCGGCCCCGGGGACCGCCCUGUCCACCUGCGCUUCGCUGCUGGUCAACGGCCAGGCAGCGGCCACGCUCUUCGAGCAGAACGGCCAGGACCUGGAAGACAGCUCCUCGGCCGUCGUGACCGUGAAGCUGAAGGCCGGGGCGCAGGUGUCCGUCAACCUGAUCAAAGGAUGCUUCGUCUGCGACGAUUACAACCACUACAACACGUUCACUGGCUUCCUGCUCUACGCCACUGACUGAGUCAGGAAGAUGCUCCCGCCCUGUGAUGAUGAAGUGUGUUAGAUGAUGGUUUAUUCUGUCUCUCAGUUUGUUGCUUGUUCUCUGCUUGUACCAUACGUACGCUCAGUCAUUUUGUCUGUUUGUUUUCACUAUUUUCCUUGAAAUCAAGUCCAUAUAAUCUUUUAAGCGAAAGCACGCUUUUAUCCUAUGCAUUAAUACUGUUGAUCUUUGACCUAUUGAAAUGAUGUGAUGGAAAUUAUGACAGAAGUUUGAAUUAACCAAGAAAAUAAAUCUGU